CCUGCUGACAGACCCCGGCUUGGCUAGAGGACCCGCAGCCUUCCCUCCCUGUUGCCCCCACAGAGCCUCCUGCUGCUCCUGGCUCCCCGCGGGUCUCUGCUAUGUUGCCCCAUGGGCCUUAAGUGCGUUCUCUGCAGGUGGUGCAGUGGUCAUCUUGAGUAACAACAUUCACAGCUUCUAAAACGAACGUCACUUAAAUUGAGAGCCAGUGACGGUUUUCCAGUGAGUGAACCAAGUAAACAAACACGUCAAACCAACCUGCACCGGAUCAUUGGUUCAGGAGGGAACUGUACAACAGCCAACGAUAUCGGUGGCAUGUUUUUACAGCACAGUGGUGCUUAAUACCAGCACAUCCAGCAAAUCAUGAAGACUAAAACCAAAGGAAAGAAGCAAAGGCAAACUGUUGACAAAGAAGCAUUUUCCGAGGAGUCAGCAAUGAGAAAAAAAGAACUGGCGAAAUGUUUGCGGCGCAGAGAAAGGAGGAAUGGGGGAAACAAGGAGAGCAGCAAGAUCGCUGCAGCCAGAGCCAAGCGCCCUUGGAGCGCCAAGGACAGGCAUCUGAGGAGGCUGGAAAGCAACGAGAGGGAGAGACAGAGAAUGCACAAGCUCAACAACGCGUUCCAGGCCCUGCGGGAGGUGAUCCCUCACGUGAGGGCUGAGAACAAACUGUCCAAAAUAGAGACUCUCACGCUGGCCAAAAACUACAUUAAGUCCUUGACCUCCAUUAUACUCAAUAUGUCCAAUGGACACUUUCCAGCAGCAGAAGGGAUGGGGGGAACCUGGGGGUCCAAAUUGUACCAACAUUAUCAACAGCAGCAUGGGGAGGAUGACCAUGAGGAACAUCUACAGAAAUGUGCCAUGUAGAUUCAUAGCUUCAGCCAGAGCACCCACAGUUAGCUGCUGCCAUCAUUAUUUUUCCUUUUUACGUCAUAAUACGUCAGUAAUUGGAGCUUUUAAGAGACUGGUUUUGCCUCCAGCUCUCCCCUCUUUUUUUUUUUUUUUUUUUUAGAAGAAAAACAGGCAACACUCAUGGCUAUAGUUUAUAUGGCACAUUAAAAAGCUACCUUAAACUAUAAGAAUUUUUCAGAGCAUAAUGAAUGUAUUUGUGUGGUUUGGCAGAGCUUGGAAAUCUAUCCUGUAACACUGGAGCUGACUUGAAUAUAAAGCUUUAGUAACUUUUGAAAGUCACCCUCCUUGGGAAGGUUGUGAGUUGAGCUUUUAAGGUCUGUGUCACUUGAGUUCUUUGGAGCUUGGAGAAUUGUGGCUGUAGCUCUGUUCCCCAGCCUUGCAGUGCCUGUUGUGAUCUCCCAGGCCCCAGAGGAAAAUAAAAUUGAUGACUGAAGUGACUGGAUGGGAAAUCAGUCACUAAAUCUGAAUAUUUAUCUUAAUAUUUAUCUUUUAUGGAUCUGCUCUGAUAAUUUUGAACCUUGCAAAGCAUAAGAACUUCUAAAAUACUUGUUGAUGUAAACAUCUGCAAAGCUUUCUUAGACUAUAAGCUCUCUAGAGUAAGGGCAGUUCUGGUCUGUGUUUCCAGACCAUCCUUUAGUUGGUGUCUGGGUAUCAUUGCAAUACAAAUAAUAAAUAAGGGACAAAUGACUUAUUUUUGCCAAAACAAUGAUAAAAAUGCUUUAGUAUAGUCUUAAGUUAGACAUGAUUUAGCCAAUUUAAAUUAUUUGCUAAUGAACCUUUGAUGUGAUCAUGUUCUUUGUGGGUUAGUAUUAGAUUCUGGUACUAUAAAACAAUAAAUGCAGAAACUCUUCAAAAAGGAAAA